CAUUUAAAUCUUAACAUAGGAUCUGUUCAGACGUGUUUUCAGAUCUUCUAUUUCAGAAAACUUGCUUUAUUAAAUGCUUAUCAUUCGAAUUGCACUAGGUACGAAUUUAAUAGUUUUAUGAUAUUUUAAGCUGCAUUUUAUGAGAAUUCCAGGAAAAGUUCAUGAAUCUGGGAUACUAUUUUAUGAAGGCAUUCUUAAUCAGUGCAAAAAGAAGCAGAUUAACUGAAAUAUUUCUGAUUCAUACUUGUGCAUAUCGUCUAGAAUCAUUUUCUUGAUUUUGUGAAGAUUUUGACAAAGAAUUACAGAAAUAUUUAUCAGAAAGAAGAUUUUGACAAAGAAUUACAGAAAUAUUUAUCAGAAAGAAGAUUUUGACAAAGAAUUACAGAAAUAUUUAUCAGAAAGAAGAUUUUGACAAAGAAUUACAGAAAUAUUUAUCAGAAAGAAGAUUUUGACAAAGAAUUACAGAAAUAUUUCUCAGAAAGAAGAUUUUGAUAAAGAAUUACAGAAAUAUUUCUCAGAAAGAAGAUUUUGACAAAGAAUUACAGAGAGAUUUCUCAGAAAGAAGAUUUUGACAAAGAAUUACAGAGAGAUUUCUCAGAAAGAAGAUUUUGACAAAGAAUUACAGAGAGAUUUCUCAGAAAGAAGAUUUUGACAAAGUAUUACAGAAAGAUUUCUUCAAUUUUCUGAUAAAAGGGAAGAAAGAAAAAAUAUUCCUCUAAAAGUAUAAUGGAUAACACUACUCCUGAGUUUUCAAGAGAAGUUGAUGUACCCCCAAGUACUAAAGAUGAAAUUAUGUGUCUUGGAUAUCCAAGUUUAGAGAAUAUUUUUGAAAGAGACUGUUAUGUGAUGUCUUACAAUUUAGAACGUAAAGUGGCUAAAUGGGUUCAGGAAUGUUUGACCUCUAAUCAUCUUAAUCAUUCUUAUUUAACACGGCAUGAUGCUAUCGAAUUCAAAGAAGAUAGAGGUAUCAAUGGAGUGGCAUCAUUAGCCGACUGCACUGAUUGGCAAGAAAACAACUAUGAAAGGGGACACUUAGCCGCUGCAGCAAAUCAUCGAUAUAAUCGUAAAGCCUACUAUAGCACUUUUCUCAUCUCCAAUAUUGCACCAAUGCAUAAAAAGGUGAAUAAUCUAAUAAGCAAGAUAGAAAGGCAAGGAAGAAAAUUUGUAAAAGAUUAUGGAAACGUGCACAUCAUCACUGGAACAAUAUUUCAUACUGAAAGGAAGGAACCCAUUUUUGUGAGAGAAGGCAGUGAAGUACAAGUUCCAGAUGCCAUUUUUAAGAUUUUAGCAAUUAAAGAUGAACGCAACAGAUGCAAAGUAACGGGAUAUGUAAUAGAAAACUCAUUAGAUGUGGAUGAUAAAGACAUCAAGAAUUCAAGGAAAACUCUGCUGGAAAUACGUUAUUUAACUGGUUUGAACCUUCUUAGCCAAGUGCCCAAAGAAAACAUAGUAGAGGAUCGAAUCAGAAAUAGUGGAUGUUAGAAAAAAUGUUCCCAUCUACUAGAAAUUUCAUACUGCACCUGAGAAGAAAAAGAAAUUCCAGUCCACUCUGUUAUACAGUUCCACCUCAUAUUACUUUAGAAAUUUAAAAGAAUUGGCACCUCAGAAUGAAGCAAAGCUGGAUCAGAUGAUUAUAUUUCUACCCCAUUUCCGAAGCAAGACCAUUGCCAUUACAUGUAUUACAGUGGUGGCCAAAAUUGUGAGCACUUUUGAAAAUCGUUAUGUUUUCUAACUUCAUAUACUUAUAGAAAAUGUAACUUUUCACAAAAUGCAAAUACUUGCGCAUAAUUUUAAAUAGAAUUUAUUGCUGAUUUCAAUACAAAAAGCAAAAUUCAAAUAUUUGCAAUACAAAAAAAGUUGAGUGGCGAUAGUUAGCGAGAUACAUUAAAUGCUGAUGACUGCAGUGAGUUAUCAGUACUUAGUAGGGUGACCUUUAUUUUUUAUUACAGCAUCACAUUGAUGUUUCAUCGAGUUGACGAGAGUUUUAAGCUCUUUCUUCGCUAUUGCAUAAUGCCAGGAAGCAAUUAUAGCCUCAAUUAAUUCUCUUUUAUUUGAUGAACGCUUCAUAUGUACAAGAGUUUUUAAACGAUGGCAUAAUAAUUUUGAGGUCGGGACUGUUUCCUGGCCAUAACAAUUCAGUGUUGUUUGUACUAAACCACUCUUUCGCUAUUUUUGCUGUGUGGCAAGGAACUGAAUCCUGCUGAAAAAUAAAUGAUGCAUUUUUGGGAAAGAGAUCAAUGAUGAAAGGUGUAAGGUUUGGUUCUAGAGUAGUGUCAAUGUAUUUUCUUGCAUUUAAUGUCCCAUCGAGAACAUGAAGGAGACCAAUACCGCUUGCUAACAUGCAUGACCAAAUCAAAACACUGAGUUCUUUAUAGUUGCCUGAAUGCAGUCAGGAUGUAGCUCUUUGCUUAUUCUAUAUCUUAAUUAUUUUCGCUAUCAAUACCGAAUAACAAUAUCUUUGUUUCAUCACUCCUUAUAACUUGUGACCACUGAUCAUCUGUCCAAUUAAUUCUGUUCCUUUGCAUAUUGUAAUCUUUUUAUACGCAUUUGUAAAUUGAGAUAAGGAUUUUAUCAUUCAAUUCUACCUCUUAGUCCAAAUUCUAAUAAUCUUGUUCUUGAACUGCCAUAAAUGCCAACAUCAUUCAAUUGGCUUCUGAUGGCCGCUAAUGACAUUCUUCUAUCUUGAUCUUUUUAUUCUUUUGUCAUCAACAGAUGUGGUGCACCUUUCUCAGCCAUUUCCUGCUUUGAUUUUUAUUGAGUUUGUCUCCUGAUAUCGUAAACAAAACUUUCGGACUUCAGAUGUAGUCACUGAGCCACCCACCUGUCCUGAUAUUUCAGCAUAGGAAAAACCACAUUCAUGUAACAUACUAAUCUUGGUUCUCUUUCUAGGUGUACAAUUUAUUCAUUUAUUUGAUUCUAAUGCUUCUUGACUAAAUAUUAGAAAUAUUUACAAAAAUUCCAACUAUAUAUUAAAAAAUGUAACAAAAUUACUAUCUUGCAAUUUGAUUACAUAAAAAAAGUCUUCCUUCUACAGAUAAAAGCACAUCAAUGACUUGUUCCAACUUCAAACAUGUUGUCAGCUUCUAUUAGCAAUUAUUAACAUAUGAUUGGUUCCCAGAACAAGAACAGCGAUUUGUCAGGAAAGUUAGAAAUUAUAAUCCACUUUAUCACUGUGUUUGUUAUUCAGAUGAAGUAAAAAUAACUUUUUUUUGUAUUGCAAAUAUUUGAAAUGUGCUUUGGUAUUGAAAUCACAAUUAAAUUCUCUGUAAAAUGAUAUAUAAGAGUUUGCAUUUUGUGAAAUGUUACAUUUUCUAUAAGCAUACAAAGUUAAGGAAACAUAAUGAUUUUCAAAAGUGUCCACAAUUUUGGCCACAACUAUAUGUUGAUCAAUAUCUUUUUGAAGCUUCUCAACAUCAUUCCAGACAGAAUCCUGUUCAAAAAAUACCACUACCCUCUGUUUGUGCAAUAGUGCUGACUUGUCCAUGCUUUGUGUAAUAAUGGUCUUUCCCAACAAUGAAUGUAAACAUGCUGUUAUGGAAAGGGAUCAAAAUAUUGUGUAUCAUUUUUUAUAUGUGCUAUAUAUUAAAUAUGUUAUGCAAUAUUGUAAAUCCUUGGAAGAGGAUCAAAAUGUUUUGUAUCAUUUUUUUUUUUAUGUAUGUUAUGCAGGUUGUCUCAAAAACCUUGAUCAAGGCUUUUAUACCUUAAAUAUUGAUUAUAGACAUAUACUGUAAAUUAUAAAGUUGAGUAAAAAAAGAUGCAAAAUGUAUGAAAUUGAUUAAAAUUUUCAGGGGAUUAAACUUUAAAAAAAUACAAAAUUUAAGUUUUUAUACAGACUCCAGAUAAAAAAUUCCCAAUAAGUAAAAUGUGCCCCAUCCUCUAAUAAGGAAAUUUUUUCAAAUUGGUCAAAAUUUCAGAAUUUUAUCAUGAAAGCUCUCAAAGGUAUGUUAAAACAAAGUUGAUGAAGGGUUAGUUACAAAUUAAAAUGCAAAUAUUUACAGCUUCAGUGCCUGAUGACGCGACGCAGGAAUGCAUCAUUUGGAAAUAAAAUAUGCUUCAUAUCUUUAGUUUUAAAUACAAAUUUUAAAAUCUAUGCUUCCUGAAAAAUACUUUAAAAUUUUAUAUCAUGAAUUACAGAAUAUAACUUAAAAAUAGCACAGUCAAUGAACUUGUAAAAAACUUAGAAAUAUUUGCAUAUGUAAAUAUAUGCCUCUGAUUGGUGUGUCCCGUAAUCUCAACAGAAGCGUCAUUAUAUUAUGUUAUUUGUGCUCUGUCAUUGAUCAAUAGCAUAGCUUACAUAAGAAUAACUUGCAAAUAAAUAUUUCACACUUUUGCUACAUUUUGAGAGUGCAAUUAGCCUUGUACAAACAGUAUGUCACAAUACAGCAAUGAAGAACUUUUUGAUAUCCUAAUGCUUUACAGUACAUGCAAUCGCAGUGCUAGCAAAACUGUAUGUGAAUUUCGGCCUAAAUAUCCCAAUUCCUGAGAUCCUUCUGGGAGAUUUAUUUCCUGAUUAGUGCAAUGUAUGCAUGAAAGAGGAAGCGUAUAUCCUUUAGGUGGACCAGGUAGGCCCAUACUUCACUCAACUGAUGAAGAAAUUGAUAUUUUGCAGUCAUCCACAUAGUAGUGUUUGUACUGCUGCUUCAGAAAUGAACUUAUCAGCGCAGCAGUGUGGUGAAUACUGAGACGUAAUAGAUGGCAUCUUUUUAGCAUUCAUAGUGUGCAGGGACAGGAGCCAACAGAUUAUCAAUGUCAUCCAGAUUUUUGUAAUUGGGCUCUUAAUCAGGAAGAUGCUAAUCCCUCUUUCCUGAAAAACAUAAUUUGGGCAGACGAAUGCUGUUUUAAACAAGAUGGAUGCAUAAAUCCUCAAAAUGAGCACUUUUUGCAAAUCCAUUAGUGGUACAUUCUAUUCAUCAUCAGUGGUAAUUUUCUGUGAAUGCAUGGUGUGGUAUUUUCAAAAACUGCUUGCUUGGACCUAUACUGUGUGAUGGUACGUUGACAGGAGACAGAUAUGUUUAUGAGAUUCUAAAUGUGGUUUUUCCUGAUUUUAAGGAGGAACUUCCUCUAAUAGUACUUUUACAUGUUUGGUUCAAAAAUGAUGGAUCUCCAGCUCACCAUACUACAGUUGUGAAACACUGAUUAAAUAACUAGUUACCAGAUAAGUGGAUUGGCUUGCAUGAUCUAGUCGAAUUUCCGCCUAGAUCACCUGAUUUAAUGCCUAUGGAUUUUUUUUGUGGGGUCGUUUACGUAUAGCGGUUUAUUUGUCACCUCCCUUAAAUGAAGCAGAAUUGCAACGAUGCAUUUUAGAAGGUUGUCGUGACAUAACAUUUUCACUUUUCGAUUUCAUAACAUUUUGCACUUUUUUUACGUACCUUUGUAAUUUACAGUAUAUGUCUAUGGUCAAUAUUUAACGAAUAAAAGCUGCAUUCAAGGUUUUUGAGUCGCCCUGUAUAUUGAAUUUGUUAUGCAAUGUUGUAAAUCCAUUUGUCAAAAGGAAAUAAAUGAUGAAAAUAAAAUGUG